GUGCAGUUUUCCCUACACCCCAAUCUAAAACACCAGCCGUCCUUGAGUUCUCAAAUACCAAAAAUGUCAGCUUCCACAUUUUUUGGCUCUUACGGAGCUUCCAUAUUCCGGAACCACCUCUACCGCUGCCCACGCAUUGCAUCCCCUUUCCCCUUCGCCAAACCAAUCGUAUUGUUACGCGGCCACUGUUCGUCCGCAUCCGCGGCUGACUGUGUCCUCACAUUUCCAGUGGAUAGUUCUGAAAGUGAUGUCAAUGUUCGGCACCCUUGGCCAGAAUGGAUAAAUUUUGUUGACUGUUUGAAGACCAAAGGUUACUUACCUAAAAGCUCCGACGCUUCUUCUUCUGUUGUUACCAUGAGCGAAGGGAGUGGUGAUGUGUCUGUUUAUAGAGAAACGAAUAUAUUGAAGAAUGCUUAUCUAAAUUUCGCUCGUGACCGUUUUGAUAUUUUGAGAAUGUUGCCUACCCAUGAUAUGCAAGCAGUGGUUGAAAAGGGAUGUCCUAAUCUAUUUCGGAAGGCUGUUAAUUCUGCAAAAAGGUUGAGAGUGUAUCUACAGCUCAAUGAAAGACAUGCAUGUGGUGCGUGCAGUUUGCAGGGAUCAUGUGAUAGGGCUAAUGUAAUAUUAAAAGAAUCUGAAGGAUCUGCACGUACAGUUGAUAUUGUACGUCUACUAGUUUUGUAUGCGUUGGAUCCACUUGUAACAUCACAGGAGGAGAAGCCUCCUCUGAGAAGAGAACAAAUUGAAGCAUCUGUUAGAAAAUUGCUGUUGGAGUUGGUUGAGCUGAGUGACACACCAAUAGACCCUAAACUAACAAAGCCUAUUCACAUAACUUCUCCUGAAAUGGAACGAAGUACUGGUUCCAUGGUUGAUGAAGGCUUGGAAAGUGAUGAACUACAUGAACACUCAACGGGUCACAAGAAUAAGUUUAAUUUAGCAAGUUAUGGAAACAAUCCAAGGAUAAGUACACGAAAAAAGGCAGACAGGAACAAUGUUAAUAUGAAAAAAGGAGAUUGGAUAUGCUCCAAGUGCAACUUUAUGAACUACGCCAAGAAUAUGCAGUGUUUGGAAUGCAAAGCAGAGGCAGCAAAAAGAUUUUUUGGUGAUGAUAUUGAAAUGCGAAAAGGAGAUUGGAAGUGCAUAAAAUGCGAGUUCAUAAAUUUUGCCAGCAGAAGUAGCUGUAGAAUGUGCACUGAGCCACAGCCCAGUCAACAACCAAAUCUAAGUGAGGACAGACCGAAGAGAUUACUUGGUAUUAAUGAUACUGAAAUGAGAAAAGGAGAUUGGAAGUGCACAAAAUGCGAGUUCAUUAAUUUUGCCAGCAGAAGUAGCUGUAAAAGGUGCACAGAGCCACAGCUCAAACGUGGGUUGAAUCCCGGGGAGUGGAAUUGUCCCUCAUGUGACUUCUUGAAUUACAGAAAAAACAUGCUAUGCAAGAAGUGCAAUCAUGAGCGUCCCAGAGAAUUGCAGACUGAGAAACGAUACGAAGAGCAGCUAUGGAAGAAGCCUCCUUGUUAAGUCGUUAUACUAAUACUAUACAGGGCUCCGUAAUAUAUAUGAGCUGAAAUUUUACUUGUGAUUUUUGUUGGAGUUCGAACGGGCGAUAAUUAAAUUCUUAGAUACUUAAGGAUCGUGUAGUUCACUUUGUGAAUUAAUAUUUCUCACAUAUGCUCGAGUUAUAAGAAAUUCAAUUUAGGAUAGUGGACACCCAAGAGUUUAGCCACAAUUAAGGAGCAUAAACUAGUGAAUUUCUGCAAUGGCG